AUGAGCGUAUUUGAUCAGCAGCUGAGCAGCACGACGGGUUGCUUUGGCUUUGGCUACAGCUCAGAGGACCCUGAUUAUGUCAGCUUGACGCAGCAGAUGAAUCGCCGCCAAGACACUACGUUGUCCAGAGAAGAUGAGAAAAAGAAAAAGGAGGUCGAUGAUUUGUUGUCAGACGCAAUGAAUGAACUCACUUUUGAGGAGCGACAACGUCAGCAAGAAGUUCUUCAUGGAGUGGAUGAAAAAAUUGCGGAAGAAGCAACUUUUAUCCACUCGACCCUCCAUGAGCUUGAUAAUCAUCUCGUGAGAAUCAAACGAGGCAGUGCUUAUGAAAUGGCCGAACGAAUGGAUGCUGCAUAUGUCAGUGCUUGGCCAUUCCGAGUGAUGUUUCUCAGGAGCAAUCAGUACGAUACGAGGGCUACCGCAGAUCAGUUGCUUCGUUUUUUCGAAGUAAAAAAGAAGCUCUUUGGUGCGGAAAAGAUGGUGAAAGAUAUUACGCUGGAAGACCUGAAUGAGGAUGACCGAACAUCUUUGAGCUCAGGGUGGCUUCAACUCCUUGGAAAAGACAGGUCCAAUAGAGUAGUCUGCUGUCAAUUUCCAGGUCAUAGAACAUUCAAGGAUCUGCGGAAUGAACUAAGGGCGAAGUUUUACUUCAUGAUGACAUUGUUAAAGAACAAAGAAACCCAGCUAAGGGGAGUUGUACAUGUUCUGUACGCUAUCGAGGAAUUCAAGGACAGGACGAACGGGAUGGGAUUUGUUGAGAAUGUACAGGUUGCUCUUGCAAUUCCAGUUCAUAACGCCUCAGUUCAUUUAUGCUCUUCUGAUGUGGGACAGUAUGCAACUUGCUACAUGGCUGUGAAGGUGAUGCCCGCAAAGUUGCGUUCAAGAUUAAAAGUCCACUUUGGAUCGCAUCUCGAGUGUCAGUAUCGCCUAUCUACAUACGGAAUCUCUAUGCAACUUCAUUCAAGCGGCCAAAUGAUGAAUAUGGAUCAUCGCAAACAAUUGUUCCCUCAAGCCAUGCCCGUUACCAGUAUUGGGUCCCAGUCAUCAUCACUGAUCACGCAACCAAGCGCGAAUGAUGUCAUAUAUACUGGAGCUGGAAAAAGCAACAAUGCGGGGAACCAACAUCUCAGAACGCUAGUUCUGAAAUAUUCACCAGCAUAUGAUGCUGGAAACAAUGAGACGAAGCGAAAUGGUAUAAAUGCCAUUAUUGAUGAGAUUGAAAGGAAUGGCGGUCGCUUUUUGCAAUAUGCAAAUGAGGAAGAAUCAGUUUGGGGUCCAGUUCCAAAGGAGGAGGUCCGACUUAAGAUAGCCCAAAUGUUCCGAAACCGGAGACGUAGAAGAUAA